UUGACAACACAGUCACACUGACAGAUUCCAUUUGCAUAACCUUUACUUCCAUAUAAGUUGGCACACACACACACACACACACACACACACACACACACACACACAUAGACACACACACAAACAUAUCCGCACAUGCAUUCAAGCAGAAACAAAGACACACACACACAUACUUUCUCAGACAUAGAGGUUUUCUCCCGCUCGCCGACACAUUGGGAAAAUGUUGCUGUUGUUAGCUUGAAAUAAUGUGAUUUAAUGUGAAGGACAUACACAUCCUUUUACGUCUUAUUUUCACACACAAGACCACUCGGCAGGCAGUUUGUCUUGGCAACAAAAGAUGACUUCCAUGGUGAAUACAACGCUUUCUACUGGCAUAAACUCGAUGAUGACCACAGAUCCUCAGAACCUCAGAACCUCAAAUCCUGAAAAUCCUGAUGAGUACCACAUAGUCCUCCUGGUCAUUUACUCUGUAGUUCUGCUGACCGGGAUCAUCAGCCUCAGCAUGAUGACGCACAUCCUGAAGUCCAGCACGACAUCUAUCACCUCCAUUGCUGUACUCAACCUUAUCUUCACCCACUUCAUCUUCCUUGUCACUGUGCCCUUCAGGAUUUACUAUUACGCGACUCAACACUGGAGCCUGGGCCACUGGUGGUGUAAAUUCGUGAGCGGCAUGAUUCACAUCCACAUGUACAUGUCUUUUAUCUUCUAUGUGAUAAUCCUCAUCACACGCCUGAUGACGUUCUACUACAAAGCUGAGCGGGUGGCCUCCCUCCAGAAGAUUCAUGCACUAGUUCUCAGUGUUAUAGUGUGGAUGGUUGUGCUUGUCGUGGUCCCUUGCAUAAUACAUUUUCUUUACGGAAAAAAAAUUGAAGAUCGUUUCUACGGCAACAACGCUACCACAAAUGUGACUGAAUGCUUCAAGUUUGGCAACAACAUAGAGUCUGCUUCCAAGGUGUUCAACUACAUCAUAAGCACAGUCAUCAUAGUGGUGGCCACAGUGCUGACAGCCCUCCAAUCCAAUGCACUAUCGGUUUUAUACAGGAAGCAUCGCCAGGGAUGGACCUCUCAGCAGGACUUCGGGGCUCAGCUGAAUAGUCUGUGCUUUGCUCUCAUUAUGGUUGUCUGCUUCAUUCCCUACCAUUUGUUCCGGCUGCAUUACUUAGAACACCUCGAUCGGCAAAGUAUCAAUGAGGUGUUUCUGAGUCUGACCACUUUUGGCUGUUUGGACAUGCUCACCUUCUUGGGGAGGAGAACCUGCUACAUGUGUUUGCCGGGAAAGGCUAUUUAACAACUGUUGGUUGGAUGUGUGUUAGGGGGUCAUGGUAAUUUAAUUUCUUUAUUUUGUAACUUUGUGUACUUUACUGUUUUUGAAUGCCAUAUCAUUUUUUUUGUUAUUGCUUAUGUGCAUCUACAUAAAAGCAGGGCUUACCAGUUAUCCAAAAGCACAUACAAGCAAACAUUUAACAGAUAAACUGGAAUUACGGAGAAAAAUAAGUUGAUGAAACAUGUACAAGAAUAAUAUUCCCUCCAUUAAUAUCUGCAGCUUUUUGUGAUGUGACUUAUAAAACUGUUUAGUUUUAUUUUAAUUAUUAUUUGCAAUUAUUUGAUAGUUGAAAGAGCAAUGAGAGAAAAACUUCGAGAGCAAUAGGGGUAUGACAUGCAGAAAAGAUUGUGGUAUCUUAACCAGUCGGCUACCAUAUUGUGAAAAUAUUGAAAGAAUUGUCAGGACUGGAAACUGUGCUUCGCUUUGGACUCAAAAUUAAUGAUCUCUUGCCAUCUGCUGGUCAUUGAAUAUACUACAGGCUUUAAAUUUGAAAUUUUUAAUGCUAGAUUAUACCAAUGGUCUUUAAAUUCGCAAUUUUUUUAUCCAAUUAUGACUUCAUGUGAAAGGUAUGUGAGUGGAAAGGAAAAAUAAAUGUAUUACACCUUAUUUGCUAACACUUAACCCCUGUGUACAUAGCUCGAGUGAAAUAAAUAAAAUUGUAACUUUUUCA